GAAGUAGGUGCUGCAGGCAUCGGCGACCCUUUUGACUUGAUCUCAUGACCGAGGAGCGCGUUUUUAUCAUCCCGUGAAAACAUGGCAAGGGAGACUACUAGAAUGUUAAGAUUAUGCAAUCAUCAUCUGGCGCUUCUACGAAGAGCUUCACGUCAUGGCCUGCCACUGCCAACAGUCAGACCGCUCCACUCAAUCAGGGAGAGGAAACGCAGAGGGCUGGUAUGGAAGACUCUGGUUGGCGUCUCGGUCAUUGUGCCUGUGACAGCAGGGGUCCAGUAUGCUGUGUCAGACCAUCGGCAGAAGAGGAAGAUGAGGAUUGUGAUAGAAGGAUUUGGCCGCUUUUGCAGGUCUCUGUCUGUGGGCGUGUUCAUCUCAGUGGAUUACUGGUGGACCACCAGAGUGACUCUGCGUGGGAUGGAUGAGAGCAGCCCAACCUACCUGAAGGAGAUGUCAGCCUGCCACCAGAGGGCAGCAGAGUGCAUGGUGGAAGGAGCCGUCAGGAACGGAGGAAUAUACAUCAAACUGGGCCAGGGUCUGUGUUCUUUCAACCACCUGCUGCCCCCCGAGUACAUCCAAACACUGCAAGUGCUGGAGGACAAGGCCUUGGACAGAAGGUACAGGGAGGUGGAUGCUCUCUUUCUAGAAGAUUUCAACAAAACUCCGGAGCAGCUUUUCAAAACGUUUGACUACGAGCCCAUCGCUGCGGCCAGCUUGGCUCAGGUUCACAGGGCGGAGCUGCUGGAUGGGACUCCUGUAGCUGUGAAGGUUCAAUACAUUGAUCUCAGGGACCGGUUUGAUGGAGACAUCAGAACAUUGGAGGUUCUUCUGGAUAUCAUCAAAUUCAUGCACCCUACUUUUGGAUUUCGAUGGGUUCUUAAGGAUUUGAAGGGAACCCUGGCUCAAGAGCUGGACUUUGAGAACGAGGGCAGGAACUCGGAGAGGUGCGCCGAGGAGCUGAAGCACUUUCAUUUUUUGGUCGUACCUAAAGUCUUCUGGGAGCAGACGAGUAAGAGGGUGCUGACCGCAGAGUUUUGCCACGGUUGCAAAAUCAACAACGUGGAAGAAAUUAGGCGACAAGGAUUAAGUGUGAAAGACACUGCAGAUAAACUUAUCCGAACAUUUGCGGAGCAGAUUUUCUACACUGGUUUCAUCCACGCAGACCCUCAUCCUGGAAACGUUUUGGUGAGGCAAGGUCCAGAUAAAAAAGUGGAGCUGGUGCUGUUGGACCACGGCUUGUAUGAAUACCUGAGUGAACAUGACAGAGAGGCUCUGUGUAAACUGUGGCGGGCCAUUGUCCUGAGAGAUGAACCAGCGAUGAAGAAAUUCUCCAAUGCUCUGGGAGUCAAAGAGUACUUCCUGUUCUGCGAGAUGCUGCUGCAGCGCCCCAUCAACAUGCGGACGGUGGGUCUGUCCAACAUCCUGAGCAGAGAGGAGACGGCCUACAUGCGCCAAAUGGCCCUGGAGCGCUUCGGAAACAUAAUGCAGGUGCUCAAGUCCAUGCCCCGACCCAUGCUGCUGGUCUUCCGCAACAUCAACACGGUCCGGAGCAUCAACAUCACUCUGGGAGCACCAGUGGACCGCUACUGUGUCAUGGCCAAGAGUGCUGUUCGUGGCUGGGGGAAGAUCCAGGCUGAGAAGACGGGACUCUUACCCAGACUGAGGAUCUUCAGCUGGUGGAAGACCACAUGGGAGAGCUGGAAGUUUGAAGUGGCUUUAAGGUCAGAGAUGCUCGUCAUGAACCUGACGCGUAAAUUCCUGAAGCUGAUGGAGGUUUUGGGUCUCAUGAAGCUGGACGCCGACUUGUACGAUUACCUCAGAUAGUACCUGAACGCAACGCUGUGGAGAAAGGAGCCGUUCCACGCACAAGUGAACGCAGCGCAACACCAGGCCGGUCCAAACUCUGCUGGUUCUGCUCAAACAGAACCACGGGACUGUAAAGCACCAUGACACACCACUUCUGUUCAGGACAUACUCAGAGGCUUUAAACGCUCGGUGGCGCCCCCUGCUGAUCACACAGGAACUUAGUCAAUAUUAAUACAAAUGUAAGGUUUAAUAUUUGUCUGGUUAUAAAAGGUCAGAACAGAACAGCUAUAACUUGUUUAAAUUUCUGGUUUAAAGUUGGUAAGAAAGUGGAAAUAAAUAAACUUGAACUGAACACAACCACAAAAAGGACAUUUCUUGUGUUGACUGUGUUUUCUGCUUCACACUGAAUUUGAAAUGUUGGUGUAAAAAGAAUCAAAUAAAAUCAAAAGUAAUUCUCA